AUGGUACCUUCUCUCGCCAACAAGGCCUUUCGGUGGCCCAGGAGCACCUCAUCCGAUAAAUCCCUCACGCUGAAACCCUCACGAGAGAACGAUGCUCCUCGCGGUACGAACCGCAACGAGAAGACUGCUGGUGGCCGUGGCGGUGUACCCCUUGCACCCAUCGUGACUUCGAUGUCCAGCAACAACGGCGGCGGCAGGUCUAAGCCGUUGGCUUCCAUCGUCAACAGUGGAGGAACGGGGUCAAGUUCGGGAGGAGGGGACCCGAAGGGAGGAGCAGGAGCAGGGACCGUGCUGUCUCACGGCGGCGUGGCCGUCGCACAGAAGCCCCGGCGGACAACGGCAACAGUCUACGUCGGACCGGAGAAGCAGCGCUUCCGCGUCAACAGGAAGCUCCUGUGUGCGUCGUCGACCUUCUUCAGCGACCUCCUCGAGGGCAACGCCAGCGGUAGCGGCAGCACGCCACACUCGCAGUUGCAGUCUGGCGGCAGCUGGCAGAGCGUCUCCCUCUGGCUCCCGGGCGAGCUCCCGUCCAUGUUCGCCCUCUUCGUCGACUGGCUGGGCAUGCCACGCCACCACUUCCGCCAGCACCUGGACGACGCCGUCGCCCGCUCGCACCAGCAGAACGGCGAGCGAGGCCUGCACGACACGCACUGGGCCCUGAUCCGGCUGCACCUGUUCGCAUCGCAUCUCGGGCUCCUGCACCUGCAGGACUCGGCCAUGGACGCCAUCCAGGACCUGUACCUCUCGUGCGACUGGGACCUGCCGCCCGCCCUGCUGUCGUACCUGUACACAUGCUGCGAGUCGCUCCCGGCCGUGCGUCUGCGCCGCUGGGCCGUCGCCAUGGUGGCCUUCUCCCUCAGCACGGCUUCCGUCGACGACGACGACGACGACGACGAUGACUAUGACGAUGAUGAUGACGACACCGACACCAGCUCUCCCAUCUCCCCCGCCUCGGGCGCAUCGGUGGAGAUGCACACCCACCUCGCCCGCCGGGCUGCCGCCGCCGGUGCCAACGCCUCCGUCGAGGACCACGACAUCGACGAUGACCACGCCAGUCGCCGCCACAAGGACUUCCACCACGACGACGCCCGCCGCUUCCGCCGCCUCAUCGCCUCCAUUGACGAGCUGGCCGAGGAUUACGACGUCCAUCUCGCCAAGAUGGCCGCCUCCAACCUCGACAUCCGCGUCAAGAACCCCCAGCUGCGCAUCCCCGCCAACCGUCUCCGCAACGAUGAGAGGGCCUUUGGCUUCCGCGAAUGCUCCUUCCACUCCCACCGCUCUACGGUCGGCGAAAAGCGCUGCCCCCACGAGAGGAAACGUAUUCGUGCACUGGCUGCCGAAUCGGACGCCACCGCCGCCGCCCCCGCUGCCGCCUCUGCUCCCGCUCCCGCUCCCGCUCCCGCUCCCAACACAGCAACGGCCGCAACUGCCCCGUCAAAACUCCUACCGCCAAAUCACCAUGGUGUCGAGGCGAGCAACAGCAGCGUUCCAUCUCCCAGUCCGAGCCACAGCAGCGCUUUUCCGCCACCGCUCGUCAUAGGUCGUCGUCUCAUGGUCGACAAGGCUCACAUCGCCGCUGGGGGCAGCAGCUUCACCCCCAUGCUGUCAGGGGAGCAGUCGCCCGCCGGUGGUCUGGCACCGCCGACUCGGUGGCACAGCGUGAGGGGACGGGAGAGACCGCAUGUGCAUGCGAGGAGUAUUUCCAGUACGGCGAGGUGA